CGCAAGCUGGAACUCUUGCAAACCUAUUUUUGCAAUUUCUGCAGAAAAUCAUUGAAAAUAUGACUCGUUUGGUCAAUAGUGAUGAAGAAGAUCAACUACAAGAUCUACAUGAUGCCUGUAAUUUGACUCCACCACCAUCAUGA